AGCAUUGUGGGUAUUCGGACUGCCCGGCUCUGUCCUUGUGCUGUACUUCUGCCAGCGUUACUCGAGCGAGCAAAGUUUGCCAAAAUGUUCCGACAACUUAUGAGUCUUCAGCAGCUUUCCAGGCGGACCAUCACCAGCAGCGCCCGCAGACAGAUUAAUAACUCUGUGAAGGAAAAGCAAAAACACUUUCAGGACGAUAACGGCCUGCCCAUCCAUCUGAAGGGCGGCUCGUCGGACGCUGUGCUCUUCGGAUGCACAAUGAUGCUCACCGUCGUUGGGGUUGGCUAUGUUUUGUACGAGCUCUUCAGUGCCGCGAUGCCCAAGAAGCCGCAAUGAUACAGGAUCGUCCUCCUGGACGUUAUUGUCUGAUGCAGAUUGCAGAUUCUGUGUGUAACUCAUCACCUCUCUGUUGUGCAGACUUCCGUAUCAAUACUAUCAUUAUGUUUCAUGUUUGAAAUCAGUAUUUAUUAAUUGUACAAAUCAUGAACUGCAAAUAAUAAUAAUAAUAAUAAAUAAAUGCAUAUAAAUUAAAGUGUGUCUCGUUUGAAAACUUGA